UAAAAAUAUUGAAAACCCACAAAAAGUUGUGGCUGCAAAUUCCCCUAGUUUUCUUCGAGCCCCACUAUCUUCACCAAUCGCAUUCACUCCCUUGUUCUCUCUCUCUCUCAAAACUGAAUGGUCUGCCUUUUGCCUUUUAUUACUGCCUGCUUUGAUAAUUAUACCAUACUCCCAUUAUUAAUUUUAGGGGAAUCAAGUUUCAGUCGGAAUUUAAUUCCUCAGCACACGCUUGCUUGUAGUUAGGUUGUGUUGUCUGUCUGAUUCUGAUGUGUAGAAAAGGAGACGUCUUUAAGCAUCUUCAUCCCCCCUUAUGUGAAUUCAGCAAUUGUGUAUACCUAAAUUAGGAAAAGCACCAGCUGAAUUAUGUGUGCUAGUGUGAUUUGGGGGUUUUCUUGAUUGAAUUUUGUUGGGGGAGAGGGAGGGAGAGAUGGGAGUGCCUGGAGGUGGAUGUAGUGUAGUAUGGUUCAGGAGAGAUCUCCGGGUGGAGGAUAACCCGGCUCUGGCGGCCGGGAUGAGGGCGGGGGCGGUGGUGGCGGUGUUUGUGUGGGCGCCGGAGGAGGAGGGGCACUACUUCCCGGGGAGGGUGUCUAGGUGGUGGCUGAAGCAUAGUUUGUCACACCUUGAUGGCUCUUUGAGGAGCCUUGGCACUCCCCUCCUCACUAAGAGAUCUACUGAUAGUGUUUCUUCUCUUCUCGAGGUUAUCAAGUUGACCGGUGCAGCUCAGCUGUUUUUCAACCAUUUAUAUGAUCCUAUAUCACUUGUAAGGGAUCACCGGGUAAAGGAAGUCUUGACUGCCGAAGGCGUUAGUGUCCGUUCUUUCAAUGCAGACUUGCUCUACGAACCAUGGGAGAUGCUUGACCAGGAAGGUCAACCAUUCACUACUUUUUCUGGAUUCUGGGACAGAUGCCUCAGUAUGCCUUAUGAUCCCGAAGCUCCUCUCCUCCCGCCUAAAAGGAUUUUUCCCGGUGACGUGUCAAGAUGCAAUCCCGACACUUUAGUAUUUGAAGAUGAGUCAGAGAAAGGAAGCAAUGCUCUUCUGGCACGGGCAUGGUCCCCUGGCUGGAGCAAUGCCGAUAAAGCCCUCACAACCUUCUUAAAUGGACCACUCAUUGAGUACUCCAAGAAUCGGCGAAAGGCUGAUAGUGCCACAACCUCUUUUCUCUCCCCCCAUCUGCAUUUUGGGGAAGUCAGUGUUCGUAAGGUUUUCCAUCUUGUUCGCAUUAAGCAGGUUCUUUGGGCCAACGAAGGUAACAAAGCAGGUGAAGAGAGUGUUAAUUUGUUCCUCAAAAGUAUCGGGCUGAGGGAGUAUUCCAGAUACAUAAGUUUCAACCAUCCAUACAGCCAUGAAAGGCCGUUACUUGGCCACCUCAAGUAUUUCCCUUGGGUCGUGGACGAGGGCUACUUCAAGGCAUGGAGACAAGGUAGGACUGGAUAUCCGCUGGUGGAUGCUGGUAUGAGGGAGCUGUGGGCCACGGGAUGGCUACAUGAUCGGAUACGCGUUGUAGUCUCGAGUUUCUUUGUCAAGGUUCUGCAGCUGCCUUGGAGAUGGGGAAUGAAGUACUUCUGGGAUACCCUGCUCGAUGCAGAUCUUGAGAGCGAUGCCCUUGGUUGGCAAUAUAUAUCUGGAACACUUCCAGAUGGUCGGGAGUUUGACCGUCUUGACAACCCUCAGAUUGAGGGCUACAAGUUUGAUCCGAAUGGAGAAUAUGUUCGAAGGUGGCUCCCCGAACUUGCUAGAUUGCCGACAGAAUGGAUACAUCAUCCAUGGAAUGCGCCAGAAAGUGUGCUCCAAGCCGCUGGAAUCGAACUUGGUUCUAAUUACCCUCUUCCUAUAGUCGAAAUAGAUUCUGCAAAAGCCCGGUUGGAAGAAGCACUUACACAAAUGUGGCAGCUGGAAGGGGCUUCACAAACUGCGAUCGAGAAUGGAAUGGAAGAGGGACUCGGAGACUCAUCCGAAUCCAUUCCUAUCGCCUUCCCUCCUGACACAAACAUGGAGAUGGACACUGAACCUAUCCGAAACAAUCCUCCGCAUGCAACCAUUCGUCGCUACGAGGAUCAAAUGGUACCAAGCAUGACUUCUUCUUUCAUCCGCGUCGAAGAUGAAGAGACGUCCGUUGAUCUCAGAAGCUCAGGCGAUGACAACAGAGCUGAGGUCCCGUCAAAUGUAAACACGGCAGAGGAGCCAAGAAGAGAGCCACACGGACACACUAUUUUCCAGACAGACAGAACGAAUGAUGCUUUCCCGCAAUUCAAUUUCGCAAGAGUUCGUAGAAACUCUGAGGAUUCAACAGCAGAAUCAUCCAGUACCACUAGAAGAGAGAGAGACGGUGGUGUAGUCCCAGUCUGGUCCCCCUCAAACUCCACAUACUCCGAUCAGUACCGGGGUGAGGACAACGGUAUUGGCACCAGUUCGUCUUACUUGGCCAGACGUCCGCAGGCUCACCAGCUAUUCAACUGAUAAUGCGGCUUUCUCAAAAUGGAUGUAUAAACGAGAUUCGACUCUCUGAUGAUGCGGCGUUCAUAAUAAUUGUCUUGUUACUAAACAACACCUUAACCGCGAACGGUUGUUAAAUAAUCCGGGCAAUGGAUCGGGCUCCCACGAUGUAAGAGGUUCGCCGUAGUUGCCUGUUGUUUUAGUACAAUCUGCAACUAUUCUAAUUUGCUAGGUUGCUAAAUGUGUAUCUUGUAUUGGAUACCAUGUAUAGUAUAUCUGAAUAUGUUGUAUCAACGUAGGAAUGGGUUAUGAUUUGGUCAUAUAUAUGAAAGUGGGAUAAAUUGUUAUGUAUUAAUCUUGUAUAUACUCAGGAGAUGUCUUUUUUGUAUUAAUCUGUCACAUUUCACCUUCA